GAGUCACUAAUGCCAAGUCUGCUCUGCCUCCUCCAAAUCUUGUCAAUCUCGUUAACAUUUUCAUCGUCUCGGGAUACGUGGAUGAGAGGCAAGGUUCAAAAGUGCGAGAAACUUGUGUCGACCUUGAGAAAGUCCGAGAAGAGUUUGCUGCUACUAAGGAGGAGGUGGAUGCUCGAGACAAGAUGUUGGCUACUCAAAGAGCCCAAAUCAUCGAGCUCUUCAAGGAGGGUAAAAGUGCCAAGGUUGAGGCUGACAAGAUCAAGGCCCUCCAUGCUGAUGUCGAGAAAUGGAUGAUCAAGAUGGCAAAGUAG